AUUCUAUACAUUACGAUUGUUUCUUUCGGAUGGUGUGAUACAAUUGCGGUCACUCGGUAUCUGAAACCUGUGGUCGCUGUCGCGUGAUUGAAUAAUCAAACUUUGAAGUGUACACGGGGACAUAAGAGGAUAGGAAGAAGGCACCCAUCAACAUUGAUGGGAAUGUGAUUUUUCGAUGAGUUUAAAAAGUGAGAUCAGAUGGAUCUUGGUGGAUGCCAACAUUUGUGAAGUACGUCGUACUAUUUCCUCGGACGGAAGAAAGAAGAAAGUGGAAUCCGAGUAAAAAUCAUUCGAGAAUUUCGGCGGAACGAUCGUGGCAUUGUAAACGGGAAGGACCGGAUUCAUUACGAAAGGUUCGACGUGUAAAAGUGUGAUUUCUGUGCUGAUUAUCUUACGUGUUGGAGGAGCAACAUUCUGGCGUGGUGCGGAAUAAAAACAAAAACAAGAAGAUUCGAAGCAGCUCAAAAGAGAUAAUGUCGUCUUGUCUUGGCCGACGAAAAUAAUUGGGCAGUAAACGCAGCAAGAGCAACAGCCAGUCGGUACCUUUGCUAGCGCCAGCGAACGUCGUAGAAAAAUAAAACAACGAAAACGCUUCGUUCAUGAAGUAAGCCCGAGCAGAGUUCAUUACGAUUCGAAAAACAACAACAAUAACAACCGGGACACAGUGAGUCUGCGACGGUAGCAAGCAGCAGAAAUAUCGCCGACCGUUGAUUGAAACGAAAGGAGAGAAGUUCAAGUUAGUCCUCAUCGCACUCGCAAAUGGUAGCGUUUGUUUCUUAGAUCGGUGAAAGUGCACAAGUGUACACGCGAGGGCUUUGAAUUAACACGAUAUUUAAGUCGUCAUCGUCGGAAACGAUACGACCUAAUAAAUCCGACAUACCUCUAAACUGUGACUUUUCCAACAACAAGGGCUAACUAGAGAGUGACUUGCACCUAAGUACUACACAACCAGAUAUUAGAUCAUUAUGUCUACAACGGACAACAUCCAACCACCGGCUGUGCCGGUUACACAGCCUGCACGUGUCAUCCAGCCGUCAGCAGCGUUGAUCGUGAAAGAAGGCUGGCUGUACAAGCGAGGCGAACACAUCAAAAAUUGGCGCUCACGCUACUUCAUUCUACGUGACGACGGAACAUUAGUGGGGUACAAAAAUCGACCGGAUGCAUCGUUCCAAGCAGAACCAUCGAACAACUUCACCGUACGCGGUUGUCAAAUCAUGUCCGUCGAUAGACCGCGGCCAUUUACUUUCAUCAUCCGUGGCCUACAGUGGACCACCGUAAUCGAGCGUAUGUUCCAUGUGGAAGAAGAGCGCGAACGUCAGGAAUGGGUAGAGGCGAUUCGCAGCGUUGCCAAUCGACUGACGGAAGCGGAAGCCUACCAGGGAUCCCAAUCGAACGAGGAUGUGGAGAUGGCAUCUAUUGCCGAGGACGAAUUGUUGACUGAAAAGUUCUCAGUGCAAGGCACGUCAACUGGCAAAAUCAGUGGCAGAAAGAAAGUGACGCUGGAAAACUUUGAAUUCUUGAAAGUGCUUGGAAAGGGUACCUUCGGCAAAGUGAUCUUAUGUCGCGAGAAAACUACCGCAAAGCUGUAUGCUAUCAAAAUCCUGAAGAAAGAAGUCAUCGUUCAAAAGGAUGAAGUCGCUCACACAAUGGCGGAGAAUCGUGUCCUUAAGAAAACUAACCAUCCCUUCCUGAUAUCAUUAAAGUAUUCUUUUCAAACGGUGGACCGUCUGUGCUUCGUUAUGCAAUACGUCAACGGAGGGGAAUUAUUCUUUCAUCUAAGCCGUGAACGCGUUUUCUCCGAAGAUAGAACCAGAUUCUAUGGCGCUGAAAUAAUCUCGGCACUUGGGUACCUCCAUUCACACGAAAUCGUUUACCGAGAUUUAAAACUGGAGAAUCUCUUAUUGGAUAAGGAUGGUCACAUUAAAAUUGCAGACUUUGGCUUAUGCAAGGAGCAAAUUACAUACGGACGAACAACAAAGACCUUCUGUGGCACACCAGAAUAUCUAGCGCCAGAGGUACUAGAAGAUAACGAUUACGGUCUAGCAGUUGAUUGGUGGGGAACAGGAGUGGUGAUGUAUGAAAUGAUGUGCGGCAGACUACCUUUUUACAACCGAGACCACGAUAUUCUGUUCACGUUAAUUCUGAUGGAAGAAGUCAAGUUUCCGCGGAGCAUCAGUGCUAAUGCGCGUGAUCUGCUAGCUGGUUUACUAAUGAAACAACCCAGAGAUCGCCUCGGAGGUGGGCCAAACGAUGCAAAGGAAAUCAUGAUACACCCGUUCUUCUCUAGCAUUAACUGGUCCGAUUUAGUACAGAAGCGCAUACCUCCUCCGUUUAAGCCACAGGUCACGUCCGACACAGAUACGCGCUACUUUGAUUCAGAGUUUACUGGUGAAAGCGUCGAGCUAACUCCACCCGACAACAAUGGACCCUUGGGCGCAAUUCAGGAAGAACCGCAUUUUUCACAGUUCAGCUACCAGGAUAUGGCAUCUACACUGAAUACGCCUUCAUUUAUCAACAACCCGAACAGCUAUGUAUCGAUGCAGUGAAACAGUCGUGAGAUCUUUGAGAAGCUGUGUACAAGAAUCAACGGGGCAGCAAUCAUGACUUAUGCCCUUCGGGGUAUUCUAAUUCGCUAACACACCAUCCCAUGCACGAUACUGCAUGGGAGUAAGCGUUGCUGCCCUCACUAAGCAUUUGGGACCGUGUGGAUUUGCUACGUAAACCAGGUGGGCCUUUUCGCGUAGACAUUUUUGUUUGCAGUUCGGGAGUGAUGAUAGGACACACAGUUCAGAAUACAUUUAGUUACGGUAACAAAUGCAAGCAGAGGUUUUGAAUAGCAAAGCAGGAGCGCCAAUAGCUAAACUACAACCACAGUCAAACCCGUCGACAAUGGUGUUUAACAAAGGAUGAGGCAAUGGUCCUGAAUUUAGCACCCAGACCCCGCAACAAAACAAAGCCCAGCAAUAGACCGGUUUAAUUUCAGGUAAUGCAAACCACAACCACAAACAAAAAGGAAACAGGUGCAGUCGCUGAGUGGUCACAUUCACAAAUAGGACCCAGCAAUAGCCCGGAAGUUGAGAUAAUCCCGGAUCAUCCAGGUCCGGGAUUGGACCAACAAACGAAUUCAUUCCAUUCUCGCUUCACUAGACAAAUACUAAAUGCCACAAAACAAUUCAUGCAAUAAUUAUGCAAUACAAUAUGACAUUAAAAAUAAAAAAAUAAAAUGUUACAAAAAUAAAAACCAUGCCCAACCUCCCCUGCGAACGAAAUGGCUCUUCCUUUUAAAUUAAAUAAAAAAAAAACUAAGCUUGCUAACUAGAAGUAAUAAAGCAAAACGAGUAAAGAUACAUUAAAGUAAAAUGAGAGAAGGAUCGAACUGUGAUAAAAUGUAGAACCAAUAUAAGAUGAAAGUGUGAAAGAAACUAACUUGAGAGAAAACAACGUACAUGAAUUAUAUUAAAAGUGCAGUUGCAUUAAACUAUUGAUAAAAAUAGCGAUCAUACUUUUAAACAAUACAAACUACGAUAUACAUCUGGAAUCAGAAUGUUUACCAAACUCCAAGCAGAAAGAAAAAAUUAGCAUUCUAUGUAAAUGUGUGGAUUUCAGUUUGUUUUUCAGUAGCGAUGAAACUAAACUACCUAUUAUUAAACGAAUCAAAGAAUGAAAAGACGGAUUUUUGUGUUCUGGAAACAUGUUGUUGUUCAUGAUAUUGACUAUUUUAAGACGUUAAGUUCGGCGUUUGAUGAUAAGAAAGUAAAUUUGUUAGAGAAAUAAAUAACGACGACAAUGUAAAACACAACACUAAUCUACCUAAAAAAACUACGCCAAAUUGGCUCUAAAUUCUUGUUUACUAAAAAAAACGGGCUUUAAUUUAUCUUAAAUGAAUACAUACUUACAAUAUGUGACACAUUUGUGAAACAUGCAAAUCAGUGAUGGGGGGGAUAAACGUGAUUUUAGAGAGUCCCGCAGUUCGUUGCUAUCGAUAGGUACUUUUUACGCAAGGUUGAACCGAUCAACAUUACAACAACAAGUGAUACACAAUUUUGUUGUUCUUCACAAUUCGGUUUAUUUGUCUGUUCACUUUCAGUUAAGAGAUUUUACAGUUUUAAAACCCAGUCGUUAAAUAAAUUAACAAAAUUUAUGUAAUUGAUAAUUAUUCAUAGGACCACUACCUGCCAGUGCAGGUCUUGCUAGGUCUUCUAACGAGAAACUUUUCUAUUCAUUCAUUCAUUCAUUCCGGAAGCAUACAGGUGCAAUUGAAAAACAUGGCCUUUGAAAGGGAUGUUUGACUGGCCAGUUGAUCGUCGGACUGUUAUGUUCCAGCUUAGACCGUUCCGUUUAUUGAACGAAAUGUUUGUGGAUUUGUUAGGAGAUUUGGGAUAAGCAUGGCAGGAUUAUUCCAAUGUCAGGAUGAUCUGUUGAGAUCGCAGGGCGAGGGUCAGAGUGGAAAGGGAGGGAUUAUAACAUGGAAGGGAAUCGACCUUUUUCAGAUAUCUGUUAGUGAAACUGCGACUUGUGUAGGCUCAAACCGCCAUGCUCCGUCUUCCUGAACAACUGAAGGAUCGGUACGCAAGUGACUAUUCAUUCUCCUCUAUAGGAACGUCCCCACCGUCGAUUUUAUCUUCGCCGCGUGUAUUCCCAGUAAAGGUAGCCCGACCUGAGGAUAGAUAAGUUCGAAGUGCCAACGGUGUUCAAUAUUAUUAUCUUCUUGUGCAGCGCCAGCAUGCGGAAAGACUGCAACCACAUUUGUUGGGAAAAUCGAAUUUGCGAAAUUCAUUCCCAGAAUAUUGUCUACAUUUGCCGUUUGUAGCCAGUGGGUUUUGCGCAAAUUUAAUUUUUCGUCUGCAGCAGCACUGAAACGGUUGAAAAUGUUACAAACCAUUUCUAUCCACGACGACGAUGCUGAUGGCAUCUGCAUUGCAUAUGCCACAAGCGAAUACUCCCCAUAUGCAUGCUCUAAACUGCACAACCGUGGAUGAAGAUACGAUACAGUACGAAUAAAUGCACUUCCAACGGAUCCCUUUGCGAUCUCGAACGAACGAUAAAGGUGUCCAUUGAUUAGCAGCCAGGAAGCGGAAUUAUUGGCUAUAAUCAAAAGAGCAGAGCCUUCCGAUCGAAGCUAAUGGUCUUACUGGCACUUCGGUAAUUAAGGUAUUAAUGGAGAUUGGCCAUCCAAUCUUUCAGAGCUAGAGUGAUCUGAAGGAUGUUGUGUUCUGUCCGUCACUCAGAACGCGAUGGUCCGACUUACACGUUUAAUCCGGUAUUUAGGGAAAAAGAAUUUGUUAUCAUGCCACGAAGGCAUGAGGAAGAUUAACAGAAAGUGCCUCACGGCGAAUGACGUCAAACAUGAGAAGAUAAAAUUCUGACGGGAUUCCGUCGGCACCGGGGAACCAUUAGGGUGCGCUCGUUCUUAUUGCAGACAGAAUUUCUGCUGUUGUUAUCUCCUCCACGCACGCUUAGUUUGACGGGUCGUCUGAUGGGAUAACACGUUCGCUUGCAAGAUCGUUCUCGUUGCUGUUAUUGCGGUCGUUCACUGCUU